AUGUCCGCAGGGGGAGAUUUUGGGAACCCGCUGCGAAAAUUCAAGUUGGUGUUCCUAGGGGAGCAGAGCGUCGGGAAGACGUCUCUCAUCACGAGAUUCAUGUAUGACAGCUUCGACAACACCUACCAGGCAACCAUUGGGAUUGACUUCUUGUCAAAAACCAUGUACUUGGAAGACCGUACGGUUCGACUUCAGCUCUGGGACACUGCUGGGCAAGAGAGGUUCCGCAGCCUGAUCCCCAGCUACAUCCGGGACUCUACGGUGGCUGUGGUGGUGUAUGACAUCACUAAUCUCAACUCCUUCCAGCAGACUUCUAAAUGGAUUGAUGACGUCAGGACAGAGAGGGGCAGUGACGUGAUCAUCAUGCUUGUGGGCAACAAGACGGAUCUGGCUGACAAGAGGCAGAUAACCAUCGAGGAAGGGGAACAGCGGGCCAAAGAACUGAGUGUCAUGUUCAUUGAGACCAGCGCGAAGACCGGCUACAACGUGAAGCAGCUCUUUCGACGUGUGGCAUCAGCUCUGCCCGGCAUGGAGAAUGUCCAGGAGAAGAGCAAAGAAGGGAUGAUUGACAUCAAGCUGGACAAGCCUCAGGAGCCCCCGGCCAGCGAGGGCGGCUGCUCCUGCUAAUGCACCGCCCACUCGGCUUCCUCAACGCCACUCACUUGUUUUGCCUCCUAUCGGUUAGCUUCCUAACGGGGUGGGAACUGAGUUUAUCAAGACGGGAGGAUCUUUCUUUUCUCUCUCUCUCUCUAGGAGUAGGGUGGGACAUGGGGAGGGAGGCUGGGCAUCAGGGACCACGUCACUCUUAACAGCUGUUACCUAAACAACUAUUUUUUGGUUUGGUUGUAAUAUAUUGUACUUUAUUAAGAUUGCCAAAAACUGUUAAAAUUUAAAAAAAAAAUUUAAAUCAUGUGUAUACAACUUUUUGCCAGAUAAGAAAAGUAGUCAUUUUUAUUUGAAAGAAGUGCUUUUUUGUUUGUUUGUUUUUGUAUAUUUGUAAACUUACAGAGAACCUCUCCACACACCCCUUCCUUCCUGUUCUCUUGGAACUGUGUGUCACCUCUAUUUUCCUCCUACCCACAGCCCAAAAAAAUUAAAGCAAUUAACUGAACAGUAGUAAUUACGUUCUAGUUCUGGGUCACAUGGCCCAAACCAACCAAUCCCGGCACCCCACAGUCAAAUCAAACUUUAAUCUAACAAAAGAGCCUCUGAGGGGGCAUUGUCAAGUCCUUCCUUGGCAGAGUGGGACACAUUAGCAGGCCCUGAGUGGAAAUGAAGGCCCAUGGACUGUAGCUUCAGCAGCAGGUACCUUGGCUGCUUCUGCCUCUUCUCCUUCCCUGAAAAAAAAAAAAAAUAGACCCAGAAAGCACAGGCAACAGUGCUUUCUCUGGGCUGACCCAGUGACAAGCAGAACAAGAAGUUACUAGAAGGAUGGGGUUCUCUUGACAGCUGGGGGCUGAGGUAUUGUGUGGGUCUCAAAAGUUGUAAUCUACUGGGCCAACAGUUGACACGUGUUGUUAGGCUGACUGGCUGACUUAAUGUGUGACGCUGGUUGGCUCAGGGAUGCUGAAGCCCAGGGCACCUGCCAUCACUGCAGCGACCACUGAGGAAGUGAGGGGGUGUUGGCCCCGACUCUGAACACUCCAUGUUUUCAGACCCUUGGUUACUAAUCUUGCGGAAUGUUGUUCUGGAAAAGUUGAUUCCUUGAUGUGUUUCACCCCUGGCAUAGUUCAUUUGAAAUCUUUGUAUGAGUACCUUUGGGAGAAUUGAGGCUGCACUGUGAGCAUCCUGGAGUCACUGUGGGGUUUCCAGAAGGCUGCCCAGAGCACUGCAACCUGCCCCCUACCCCCUAGCAGGCUGUCCUUGCUAUUUCCACUCAUUCCCCAGACUGUUUCUGUCUUGCAGACCUUCGAAGUCUCUAACAGAAUGCUCUUCUCAAAGCAAAAUAGCUCACAUUCUAAACACGCUUAGACUCACUGCCGCUGUCUGCCUUUGGGCAGGCCCGGGGCAGUGACUCUAACCAGAACAACCCAGUCCCAUAGCAUUAGCUCUUCUUCUAGACUGUUGGUGGGCAGAGGGAAUUGCCUCCACAGGCAGAACUCCAACAAGGAAGUUGGGAUAAAUUAUGGCAUCUCUCAAAAACAAGUUCAAAAUAGCCUACAUGGCAGAGCUGAUUCUGUGAGUGGACCUACCAUGCUCUCCAUCCUGGGAGACAGUGUCAGAGCCGGUUCUGGUGAAGAAGAGAGGAAGCAGGACCUCCCCUGGGUACCCCUUCCAGAAGGCAAGGACCAAUGUACGAGCAUAACUGAAAUGUCAUGUGUUUAGUUUUUAUAUGUGUGUACAUAAUUAUACAUAGAGAUAGACUUGUGUAUACACCCUCCACACAUACACACAUCCUCACAUAUACAUGUGCUCAAUGUAUACCCUUGUCUCUCCCGCUCACAACUUGGAACUUGCAUUGUGAUUCCGGUUUUUGGAAGUUCAAAAGUAUGCAGUGUAUUGAAAUAAGAAAUAAUUCAAUAUUGUCAAAUAACUUGUGGUUGUCUUGCCUUCAAUAAAAUAGUGCAUAGAUGUGUUAAACUACAAGCAAAAAUAGUCCACAGAACUACCUUUACCACUGCUUUAUGUACCUGUGUGCACAGGUGUGCAUGCCGUCGUGGGCCAGUGUCCCCCCACAGUGUGGACACCCCACCUACGUGGUGCUUGUUGGAAGAAAGCGUACUUAACCCAUGGUGACAGCAGCCUGGCUGGCAGUGAGGGACAGAGCCCCACUGACAGCACUCUUUACUGGCUCUCGCUGAAUGAAUGUAGGGGUGGAUUUGAACCUUUUUGACACUGAAUAACCUUUCUUGUAUUCCUGUAACUCAAAUUGAAACUCCAUUCUCUUCUCUUGUGCACACAAUCUAAGACAUCAUGGCCUGCUAUUAGAAACAGCAGGUGCCAUGGCAGACCCCAUUUCUGGUUGAUCUGGCCUAAGGAGCCCUGCCUUCCUAGCUUGUACACAAAACCCCUCCUUGAGUUUAGGCUAGCUCUGCGGCCCCUGAGAAUGAGGGUUUUGCCCCAUUGCUUUCUCACCCCAGAGGUGCCCUGGCCUUCUUUUCCUUAGCCAAGCUACCCAUCUCCUUCUCUAAAGGCAAUCAAUGCAGCCAGGCCUCAACAGAACUGGGCUUUCCCCUUCACCACCACCACCACCAUCCUACUUGUAGGUAGGAUCCAGUCAGGUUCUCUUAAAGACAUCCUGAAAUUAUCUGUGUCCCUGUCUUGGCUGAAUCCAGAUCAGUCAGAGGACAAAAUGGAGGAUUCCUCUUAGGGCAUGAUCUCAACGUAGUAAUACAGUUCUCUCUCUGGACACUGUGCCUGGCCCAGCAGAUGGGCAUAGCCCUCUUCCUUUUCUUUUCAAGGAGCCUUGAAGGAAAGUUGUCAGCAAAACUUCUGUGAGCAGUGCAGAGAUUGAAAAGGCAGGUAGCGUAGCUGUACACACCUGCAGACCAAAACGAGGGCCUGACAUCGGUGUCCUGAGUGCUAGUGUUGCUGUGGGGUCAGAGGUCAGAAUGCUGGGUGGUUAGAGCCUUGCUGCUGUCAGUCACUGCUCCCUGUUGCCAUCUUUAAACAUUUUGCAGUAUCUCAAGACCCAGGAAGCCAUGGCCACAUCAGUUCACUGUCUCAGGCAACAAAGACAAGGGUUGCAAGGUGAUAGCUAGGAGUAUAGACACCUGGGUCUAGUCUUUGUAACCCAGUGGCUAACCAGUGUCAGAGAUCUAAGUACUGCUGGCUUCAGCAUCCUGCAGGCAGAGCAGUUUAUCCCUUUUCCGUAUGGAUGGGGGAGAGGCUGUCAGCAAAGUAGCUGAAGAUGGUUAGAGCUACACAAGAGCCAGCUAGCAGGAGUCUGUCUGAGUGUGUCAAAUGCUCAGGGCUUGAUGCUCACUAGUUUUUAAACUACCUCUCCCCCAAGAAUGGGAGGCACCAUCACCUUGCCACAGCACUGGGAGCCAACCCCUUCUUGUUUCACAGGUGGGAGAACCAGAACAGACAAAGUUACCUACAGGCCAGAGAUGAUCAGAACUAGUGUUGGCAUUCUUGAUCCAUUGCUGACCUGCAGUGUUCAGACAGGCCUGCUGUGCUCACGUCUCUUAAGCCAUCUCUACUCCGUGGCUAGUACAUAAAGGUAUUCCCAGCCUGACUAGCUAGAGAGAAGAUAGGUGCAUUUUGGGCUCUCACUAUAAAGAAGGGUGGUCCCCAAAUCUACUUGCAUUGUCUUGUGUACACACACACACACACACACACACACACACAGAGCAGUAGUCAGGGUACUCUUUUAAUUUUUGUUUGAAAUCAACUUCUUUGCUGUUCCAAAAUCUUGGAGUUUCAAUGUGCAGAGUCCUUGGACUCCAGACCCCCGUCUGAUUGACACUCUCCACAGGGUAUGAUUAUCAGGAAAACCUUGCAGUGGGAGUUCAGAUGGGCCCUUCAGGAGGCAGGAAGCCUCCAUAGCAACGAAGGCCAGCCUGCCUGUUGUGAUGUGUUGACUUCUCAUCUCACCUGUCCUUUAAAGUGAGGAGCAGAGGGCGGCAUUUCCAUCUGUACUGGGCUCAGAAGGCAAAGUGGCCAUAUUGACUUUACAUUCAACUGUGUAAUAUGUGGAAAAGACUCAGCAUGUUGGUCAAAUAAUAAACUGUCCUAAUUCUC